CAUGGAAGUUUCCGGACCAGCACCUUGGACAGGCCUAUCUUGGUGGAGGUCUGGGUGUGCCCCUGCCCUGUUUCAAGUAUAAAACCCACCAGGGUUUGGGCAGAUCACAACAUCAGCACCUCUAAAUCAACAAGCAGAUGGACCAGUCUCACCGCUAAGGACAAGGACACUGUCAGAGCCUUCUGGAACAAUAGUCUCUGGAAAAGCGAGGACAUCGGCACCAAUGCUUCGGCCAGGAUGCUGACUGUGUACCCGCAGACUAAGACAUACUUCGCCCACUGGAAGGACCAGAGCCCUAACUCCCCCUCAGCGAGGAAGCACGGAAUAACUGUGAUGUCUGGAGUUGCAGAUGCUGGACCAAGUCGACGACUUGAAGGAGGUCUUCUUAACCUCAGUGAACUGCACGCCUUCACUCUGCGUGUGGACCCUGCUAACUUCAAGGUAUUACUCCCACUGCUCCUUGUUGUCAUGGCCAUCAUGUUCGAAGAUUUCACCCCUGAGGUCCAUGUGGCUAUGGACAAGUUCCUGGCUGCUCUGGCUUGGCCCUGGCUGGAGAAUACAGAAACAGCAGGAGAAGAUGAUGGAGACUGA